CCCAACUUUACAAACACACCAUCCUUUAAAACUUUUAACGCCAUACCCAUUGCUUUUUUUUCUUCCUCAACCCCAAUUCUUAAACGCCCAAAUUUGGAACCCUAGAUUUUUCUCUGCAGAACUUUUCUUAAUCCACAAGCUUUAGCUGCUCUAUGCGAUUCCAUCACGGAACCGAAGAACUUUUCAAAUGUACAGCUCCAUUUCACUGCGCCCCCUCUUCCUGAUCCUGUCUGGCAUUCUCAGGGUGGCACCAAAGCUCCUAACAAAAUAAAACAAAAGUAGAAACACUUUUUUUUGGAUCAUUGGGUUUUCAAAGUUUUUGGGGUUCUUCAAAUGAAAUUGCAAGUUUUGAUAGUAAUACUGCUAACAGAAGCCCGUAACUAGAAAGACAAGGAGCAUGUCGAGAUUCUCAUUUCAGUGGCUGUGCUUCUAUUUGCAACAAUAAUGAAAAAUUUAAAGGUGCGUGCAGUUCACCCUGACAAUGGAGAAAAGACUGAUAUCUCUAGAGUCUUUUUGGUUGAACAAGUAAAAGGAAUGUUGGAUAAGAUUCAACAGAACCUAUACGAUGUGGCAAAACAAAAAAGAGAUGCCUGCAUUGAAGUUGUAAAAACAUGGGAUGAGUUUGUAAAAGCUCUUGGGCAAAAGAAACUGGUCUUAGCUCCUUGGUGUGAUGAGGAGGAGGUGGAGAAAGAUGUGAAAGCUCGAACAAGGGGUGAGAUGGGAGCAGCUAAGUCGCUCUUUGUACCCCAUUCGAACAGCCUGAACUCCCAGAAGGUGAGACACCGUUUAAGGAAAGAUCAUGGGAUUGAGGGUGGAAUUCCUGUUGUUUUCUCUUUGGAGAAACCUAAAGCUCAGCUGCUUCCUUUUAGAGGACCAAUUGGUGAGGAAGACAACCCUUCAGAUUAUCAAGUGAGGAUGCUUGCUUCUUACUUUUGCAGUUUUAAAGUACUCUGUUUGAUCACCUAACAUCAUGCAGUGGGGAAAUUCAUCCAAUAUAUUGAAGCAGAAUUUGAAAUGAGAAUUGAAAGUACAUUUGGAUGGAGCUAAACCUGUGUUUCUUUUAGCGAUAUAUUUGAACUUGCUGGGGUUAGGUCCCUGGUUUUUGCUAUUUCUAGAUUUAAGGGUAGAAGGAAAAGGAAAAUAUUUUGGUCUACAUUAGUAUGUAAUAUACAUGUUUAAUCCAACAAUUUAAUGUGUUAUUCUGCUGUCAGAUAGUACCUAGGCAGGUUCAACAAUUUAAUGCAUUGUACUUGCAAUGUGUAUAGUCACAGGCAGGUUCAACUAGUCAGUUUGUUUUUCAUAUGUAUUAUUUAUUUUAGUUUGGAUUCUAAAUUGUUACCAUUUUACUUUAAUAUUUACGACAACUUGAGUUCUAACUUUUGGAUUUUAA